GGCGGAGCUACCGGUUUUCACUUCCUGGAUGUGCACUGCUAUCACUGCUGCACAAUGAAAAUACCUACUUUACUGAGCUUAUUUUCAACCUACCUGUUGGUGGACAGCCUUAACAUCGAGGAUAACGCGGGGCAGUUUUUCAGCAGUGGUCAUACUAACAACUGGGCUGUUCUGGUGUGUACAUCCAGAUUCUGGUUCAACUACCGUCAUGUGGCCAAUACACUGUCUGUGUACAGAAGUGUUAAGAGGCUGGGCAUCCCUGACAGCCACAUAGUUCUGAUGCUGGCUGAUGAUAUGGCCUGUAACCACAGAAACCCCAAACCUGCCACAGUGUUCAGCCACAAGAACAUGGAGCUGAAUGUGUACGGUGACGAUGUGGAGGUGGACUACAGAGGAUAUGAGGUAACAGUGGAGAACUUCCUGCGAGUUUUGACUGGACGCCUUCCACCCAGCACUCCACGCUCCAAACGCCUCCUCUCUGAUGACCGAAGCAACAUCCUCAUAUACCUGACAGGCCAUGGUGGAAAUGGUUUUCUGAAGUUCCAGGACUCUGAGGAGAUCAGUAAUGUGGAACUGGCUGAUGCUUUUGAGCAGAUGUGGCAGAAAAGAAGGUACAAUGAGCUGCUCUUCAUCAUUGACACCUGUCAGGGUGCCUCCAUGUACGAGAGGUUCUACUCUCCGAACCUCAUGGCUCUGGCCAGCAGUCAGGUUGGAGAAGACUCCCUGUCGCACCAACCGGAUUUGGCCAUAGGAGUCCACCUGAUGGACCGUUACACCUUCUACCUGCUGGAGUUCCUGGAAGACAUCCAUCCUGCCAGCAAAACCAACAUGAAUGACCUGUUCAAAGUGUGUCCCAAGAGUCAGUGUGUGUCCACUCCGGGCCACCGUACCGACCUGUUCCUUAGGGACCCGGGCAGUGUCCUCAUCACAGAUUUCUUUGGCAGCGUACGCAAAGUGGAGAUCACCAUGGAAACCAUCAACUUGACUGAUCCCAUCAAGCAACUGGAGGAGAAUGCUGUAAAUGGAGAGCUGCAAAAAGAGACAUACUCGUACGUGGACCAACUGCCGGUGUCUGAGAUCAUCCAUCAGAAACCAAAGCAGAAAGACUGGCAUCCUCCUGAUGGCUUCAUCCUGGGCCUGUGGACUCUAAUCCUGCUGGUGUUUUUCAAGACAUAUGGCAUCAAGCACCUCAAACACAUCUUCUGAGGCCUCGGCUUUUUACGCAGCUGGAUAUCUGAAGACAGGAAGCUGCGGACCAGGAGCUUUUUACCGAGGGGAUCUUAGAGGGAAGGUGCAGUUUGUGACAGGCUUAUUUUCCUGAAAAUGGAAGGAAGAUGUGCAGCACAACUGCUCGUCCAGAUACUGUUUGAUGCUACUGGUGCCUUUUUCUUUAACUUUAGGAUGAUUUUUUUCUACUGAUGACAUGUAAACAUUUGUGUAUUAUUUCAGAUGUGACAAGGAAGAAGGGGCAAAUGCUUUAAAGUGGUGCAACAGAUAGGAAGCUCCUACUCUGCUUGGGUAUACCACUAGCGGUACUGCCAUUUUAAACAGUUUUCUUAACUGUGUCUGCUUGAGAAGGACUUCAGUUUAUUUAUUUUUCUUGAGCAAAAAGUUCUGUUUUGUUGAGCUGCUCCAUAAUUGCGUUUAUUUGGUUAUAAAUGCACUGACUUGAGUCUGCAGAUAAGAAUUUAAUUUAUUUUCAAGAGUGUGCUGCUCUGCAUAUUUCAGCAGCAGCCUUUUUGUUUAAGUACUACUCAGAACGUCUGCUGGGUCAGAGAAGGAAAAUGUGGGACGAGGGCACGCUGAUUAGAUGUGAGUGGGCUGUGGAGAGAUUACUAUUUAAUGUCUCCCCUGUCCAUAUACAUUACACCCCUUGACCGUCAUAUCACACUCGUGAAGGAUAACAAUCGCACAUAAUCCCAUCUCGCACGAUGGACCCCAUCCACUUUCCCAUUCACCAAAUUGCCCUCGCUGUGGAAACAUCCAUUAGCUCCCCAGCCUUGUACUCUGCUGAUUGUAUUCUGGGUGAUGGACAGCUAUUUCCCCGGCCAUUCUGCGUCUCGCACUACAGCAGCGAUAAGUGAGUGAUAACCUAGUAAGCCGCCGGCCGUCCCAAAUGAAUCUCCUCUAUGCUGAGACGUGUUUUCCUCCUUUUUUCUCAGCCUUUCUCCCCACGUGUAUCCACUCUGCAUUAGGCUUAUUGCUGGGAGGGGUGGGGUGGUGACUGAUGCUCGAAGCAUAUGGAUUGAACCGGUGGUAGUUUAUCUUUGCUACUUGGUGCGAGGGCCCGCCCACCGAGUGCCCGCUGCCACUCUCCCUCGCGGCUGAAGUGGGGAAAAUAGAUGGAGCUGGAAAUGAAACCAUAUGUAUCGGAAGGCAGCUGCUGCGUCAGCCACCAUGUACCUUUUCUUAUACAUUAUUUAUGCAACGCUUAUUUCUUCUUCCCUUUUCCUCCCUGUUUCUUAUUUCCUGUAAUCUCAUCCUUCCUGCUCUCCUUUCAAGUAUGUUUUAUUACCUCAGUUGGCAGGAUUUUGAUGCUCUCAUUAAAGACGAAACACUGAAUCAAAGGAAUACA